AAUGGGACAAAACCAGGGCAAGGAGGGGGAGCUAGCGCAGGACAACAGCUCUGCAGGACCAGAGGAAAAGGGACCAAGCCCAGACCCUGGGGGGGUCGAAAAGGAAGGAAAUCUAACCAUUGAAACUCAUGGUGUUGGGACAGAUGAGGAGAACACAGCCGGUGGAGGAUUGGACGAAGGCCCAGGCAGGGAGUCACCAUCACCUACACCAGUGCACGGUUUGGAUUCUCAUGAUAAGGUGUGCUCUCCCACGGAUGGGGGGGUUACAGAGGGAGGGGAUGGCGAGAAAGAGGGAGGAAGAAAGAAUAGUGAGGAAGGCAGGGCUGAACCGCUGGCUCCACAGCAGCUGAAUGGAAUCGCACAGUCUGACAGAGAACCAGACCACGAGAGAAAAGACUUGGAGUGUACAUUAGAAGACCAGCUUAAGUGUGACCUUCCUGGUGAAGUUGAAAGCAGUUGCAAAGAAGAAAACAGGAGUAAGAAGUACUCUUCACGUGUAAAGAACGAAAUGGAGUCUGUCUGUGGAGAUGACGACCAGCUAAAGAGCCAGGAAGAGGACAGAAAAGCUUCUUGUGAUAUUACAGGCCCCACCUUGGAGAUUUUGGAAGGGAAGGAUGGUUCAAAAUCACGUGGUGGGGACGCCAACACAAACGUUCGCUUCACGGUUCAAGACCAAGCUUUAGUCAUUACUGAAAACGUCAAGUUGGAGACUGAAUCGCAAAACAAGAGGCCGAUUAACAAGCCCACAACAUCAAACCUCGUGAUGAACUCGCAAGCGGAAACAUCAAAGGACAUCACCGAGGCAAUUCAGCACAGCAACGAAGAAAUACAAAAGAAGCUGCCAGAGAAUCCAGAUGAGGUUGUAACUGGAACUCCAAACCCCCAGAAGAACGUUGAAACCCACGGGCACUCUGUGGAGGAUGUCUACGGAGCCAGAGAAGCAGAAACCUCCAGCGCUGGAUGCUCGUCUCUGAUGAAUGCAGAAACCCAGGAUGUCAGCAGAGCCAGAGAAAACGUUACGGGGCGUCAGCCAACAAAUGAUGUCAUAAAGACCAGAUUUACUAGUUCAACUCUGGCAGGUGCGGAUUUACAAAGCAAAGCUGUGAGUCUGAGCCCAGAGGACCUCCGCGCCUUAGAAGUGGCAUCCAAGUCACCUCGGGGUCACUCAGAGAGCCAUCGACAAAUAUCUGCGGGCGAAUUCACACAGGACCGGCUUCAGAAAGAAAGGCAAUUAAAUGUGUCAGACUUGGAGAGCCCUUGGACAGAGGAACCUUCACUUGGGAGAUCACCCGCUGGAGGUCAUAAAAAUAAAGAUGGCAUGAGAGAGACCGAAGAAAGGGAAAAUCUGGAAUCUGCUUCAAAGGGUCCCUAUUAUUCCCAUGCAAAGAAAACCGAGAUAAAAGACCUUUCCCUGCAUGGAAGAGAAACGGAAGAGGGUUGUUUUGUGACAUCUAAUAUUGCCAGUGUAGGUAUGCUGGGUGAAAACAAACCACGGCUACAAAGCUAUGAAGUUGAGAACUGCGUUACAUUCUCUGAAGACAUUACAGAUUCCAACCCCUCUUGUAAAUCUGAUGUUGAAGUUAUGCAACAAAAUGAAAAAGAGGAUUCCCCUCUUUCAGUAAAGGCCAAAGUACACACAGAGAAAAGUCUGCAACGCUUUCUGGCUGAAGCAGUGAUGAAUCCCCUUUCAGAGACAGUGAAGAAUACUACACAUGAGAUGGAUCCAGAAUGUUCCUCUUCUGUAAAUGCAGUGAUUGAUGUAGGAGAACCAACAAAACAAAAGAGGUUAGUGGGAAAUGCUAACGCUAACUCAAGCAACAUGACGUCAUCAGAGAGAGACAAGGUUGGUAUCAGCUUGCGUAAGGAAACAUCUGCAACUGGUUCCUUCUCUGAGAUCAUUGCUGGUCCUGAGACAACUUCAGGUCAUACAGAUGAUAGGCAAAGUGUGGACAAGAAAACAGAAGUCAAUCCGUCUGGUUCUUCUCAGCUUCAAGAAAAAUGCAUUUUAACAGAUGCGUCAACCCAUUCCACUGUGAGCCUGACAGACGAUCAGGUCCAGGAUGGUUGUGCAGACAACACGGCAUACACAUCUGCUGCACAAGAUGUGCAACAUUCCUCCUCCGUGUGCAAUCUUAUAAGUAUGCAAGCUAACGAGGGACAAGAUAAAGAGCAGAACAAGCUGUCAACAAAAGCAGAUUUUCAUGUGUUCGAGGAGAAACAUUCAAGCCAGCUUGACCAAAAGCAUGCAUUAGAAAGCAGCCCAACCACCAUCACGGAAGCACCACAGGGUGCACAGAAAAAACAUGUUUCUGAUAUGAUAAAGGAAGCCAUUGAGUUGCAGAAGAAGAUGAAGGAGUGGAGCAAGCCAGCUGAGGCCCGGGUCGAUCUGACCUUAGAUGCAACACAGUCUGUUAAAGUGUCACAGAUGAAAGCAGCAUUUGAUGCGCCAAAGAAAUCACCUGACAAAGCACUAGAGAGAAAACCUUCAGUAAGAAAAGAUAUGUUCAAACGGGUUGUGCGACAGAGUAAAUUCCGGCAUGUGUUCGGCCAGGCGGUGAAGAAUGACCAGUGCUAUGAUGACAUCAGGGUGUCCCGGGUCACGUGGGAUAGCGCUUUCUGCGCAGUCAACCCCAAAUUUGUUGCCAUAAUUGUGGAAGCCAGCGGAGGAGGAGCGUUCAUGGUUUUGCCUCUUCAUAAGUCGGGUCGUAUAGAUAAGGCCUACCCUACAGUAUGUGGCCACACUGGCCCUGUUCUGGACAUUGACUGGUGCCCUCACAACGACCAGGUCAUUGCUAGUGGAUCUGAGGACUGCACCGUGAUGGUGUGGCAGAUCCCAGAGAAUGGUUUGGUGACCUCCAUGUCAGAGCCAGUGGUGGUGCUGGAGGGUCAUUCUAAAAGAGUGGGAAUUGUUACCUGGCAUCCCACCGCCCUCAACGUCCUGCUCAGCGCAGGCUGUGAUAAUGUGAUCAUCAUCUGGAAUGUGGGGACUGGAGAGUCCAUGAUCACCCUGGAGGACAUGCACCCUGAUAUCAUCUUCAGCGUCUGCUGGAACCGCAACGGCAGCCUCAUCUGCACCGCCUGCAAGGACAAGAAGGUCCGGGUCAUCGACCCGCGCAAGGAGGAGAUCAUUGCGGAGAAGGACAAGGCCCAUGAGGGUGCCAGGCCCAUGAGAGCAAUUUUCCUGUCUGACGGCAAAGUGUUCACCACUGGUUUUAGCCGCAUGAGUGAGAGACAGCUCGCCCUCUGGGAUCCGGACAAUAUGGAGGAGCCCGUUUCUGUCCAUGAGAUGGACACCAGUAACGGAGUCCUGCUGCCCUUUUAUGAUCCUGAUACUAACGUGGUCUACCUGUGUGGAAAGGGUGACAGCAGUAUCCGCUACUUUGAGAUCACGGACGAAGCUCCUUUUGUCCAUUACCUCAACACCUUUACCACUAAGGAGCCUCAGAGAGGCAUGGGAUACAUGCCCAAGAGAGGGCUGGAUGUGAACAAGUGUGAGAUCGCAAGGUUUUACAAACUGCAUGAGAGAAAGUGUGAACCUAUCAUCAUGACCGUGCCAAGAAAAUCGGACCUGUUCCAGGAUGACCUUUACCCGGACACGGCAGGUCCGGAUGCCCCCCUGGAGGCCGAGGACUGGUUUGAUGGGAAGAACGGAGAUCCAAUCCUGAUAUCCCUGAAACAUGGAUACAUCCCAGGCAAGAACCGGGAUCUCAAAGUGGUCAAGAAGAACAUCCUAGACAACAAGAUGAGCAAGAACACAGAGAAUACUGCCCCUGCCGUCAAGACUGCCACCUCCACACCAUCUAUCAAAAGUGAAGCUAAGCUGGAAGAGGUUUUGAAAGAAAUGAAAUCUCUCAGAGAGCUGGUCAGCAGUCAGGAAAAAAGAAUUGCCAAACUUGAGGAGCAGCUGUCUAAAAUGGACAUCUAAUGGACCCUGAAAUCCCUUCCCCUUCUUCUAUUCAGGAUAUCCCAUUGGCCAGGUGGGCGGGACCCGUCACUGCCAAUCACCAUGACAGCGUUCCGUCUGAAGCCUGCCUUGAAAAGACUCCAACCAACAUUCCAAGAUUAUCUUCUUUCUUUUUUUUUUUUUUUUUUUUUUGCCAUCCCCAAAACCUGUUUAUACCUCAUAGCCAUUUGGAAAACUAGAAACGCCUUCAGUUUCUCUCAAAAUUUAACCCCGUUUAGCUUUUUACUCAGUCUCACUCCAAAUCUUUCUGCAACGGCUGUGUUUUAUCUGGUGUUCUCGAAAGGUCUUAAGUUUUUUCUUUUUCUUUUUUUUUUUGCUUUGUUUUUCUUAUUAAAAUUGUGACCAAACAGAUUGCUUCAUGAAGUUAAAUGAACUUGAUGAGCUCAAAGUUCAUCAGUAUUGCAGUUUCCCUCUCGCCCCUUCUGAGUUGCCAAAUUAAAUGAGGAGUUAUGCACCUCCCCGACAGUAUUUGACUAGCUUUUCAUUUUGUACUUUGUAUAAGGGACAAAGCUAUACGCUAGUAAUGCAAGGAGGGGAAAUCAUUGGAACCAUUCCUCAAUGUUAUAGGUGUGUUUCUAGCGAAUAAAAAAAAAAAAAAAAAAAAAAUUUUAAUCAAACAUGUAGAGUUGACGGUUUACAAACCAGUACUGGAAAACAAUACAGGUGCACUAAAAUAUUCCACUAAGGACUUUUUUGUUUUAAUCGGGUAUUAAAAUA